AUGGGUCUUUUCAACGCAUUUAUAGCACUAGACUCAACGAGCAUACCGACAUUUGAUCCAUCGAUCGACUCAAUCAAUUUACAAGUGAAAUCACUCUUGUAUCUAUUCAAAAGACUACGAAUCAACAAAUUGUUGCCUCUUUUAAAGAAUGGUGAAUUGACAUAUACUGAUUCGCUAGUCGGUGACCGCAGUGACCCCACAUUUGCCAAACUUGACAAGACUUACAACGUGAUAAGAUUUAAGGAGAUGUUACUCGAUGAUGAAUAUCGUGUUUUGGUUGAUUUUAUCAAGAACAAGUUCCGCUCAAUGUGCUUUAUUGAUGACUUACCUACAAACUUGUCACGACCCCGAAGUCCAACACGUAACCUGUCAACGGAUGCCGUCAGCGCAGUUGAUGUUGAUGAUGAUUUCCUCCCACCUUUUCUAGAUUACAAAGAACGGAACACAAAAUUGUUCAAGUUCACAUUGUUUUCCAUUUCACAACCUCAUACAACUGAAUCAAUUGCAAGUAUACUUAGUGGAUCAAACAUUUACAUUGAACAUAAAGUGCCGUUUUUGAAGCGGUACAAUAUCGCUCUUACUGCGACAAACAAAGUCAUUGGCAAACCUUUGACUACAAAGUUUACCAUAGAUCAAAAGCAGAAGUUGAAGAUCAUACGAAACUAUCUCACAUUGUUGGCUACACAUGUACAAGUGAUGAGAAUUUAUCAUGAGUAUACGAAAAUGCAUCCGGUUGUCGUUGCGACAACCACUACAAAUCUGCUCAGUCAUUCAGCUUCAAAAUUGUCACUCCAUGAUUCAUCCCAAACGUCAUCACCAACGAAAACGACCUCAAGAUCAAAGUCGUCUCCCACGAAAUUAGCAAGAAGAGACGUCCAUGCCCAACCUGCACUUCGCAAAAAGCCGUCCGUGCUGAAAUUACGACUUGAAGAAUUGUACAACCCGGUAACUAAUCCGCCUCAAUUUCAGUCGACAAAUGCAAAUAGGGGCAACGACACAAGUUCAGUUUCAGCUUCUGAUUCUAUUACCUUGUCCGAAGAUGUCGAGAGUAGGGAGAUUUUACGUCUAGACGUUUAUGAAAGGUGUAAACUUGCUGUUGGUGAAAAGAUAAAGUCAGAGCGAAAGAAGCUAAACAAUGACAUGGCAAACUAG